AUGCCCGGCUUUCACAUCUACCUGCAAGCCUCCUGCCUCUCCGGAGAGUGCUCGCCUGAGGUGAGCGUGGUGGCACCUUCCACUCCCACGCCCAUCGACCUCAACGCCACACCGGUGGCCGGUGGCUCGUCAUUCGGAGGCGUGAGGAAACGCGCGCGACACAUGCCAGCCGACGUGUUGCUGGGCGCACGCAGCCUAUUCGACGGAAUGCCGGCCUCUGGCGAUGACGACUACAUGCAGAACAUCAUCUUCGAAGGUGGUGCGCCGGCCGAUGGCGGUGCCACCGGGGCUGGCUACAAUACCGACGAGACACAAAGCCAAGACGGCCGAGGGGUGUUCACGCCAUCCACCUUUGAUCAAGAUCAGGCGACCUUCAUGCAUGAUCAGACCGGCCUGGACCUGGACGGCUUCCCACUUGACCACGAGUUCUCGGAGGACUACGGGCAAGAGGACGAGUGCGAUAUCGAAGGGGAGCCUUUGUUCGAGGACGAGCUCACCAACCAAGCCGCCGGGGUGAAGCCGAAGCAGAAGAGCAAGUGGACCAAGGCAUACACGGCGGUCGAGGACAAGCUUAUUUGUGAGUGUUGGAGAGACAUUGGGCAAGACCCCAAGACGGGCACCGAACAAAAGCAUUCAACCUUUUGGAUUCGUGUCCACCGUGAAUUUCAUGGACGCAAGAAGUUUCCGCCGUACCAAAUAGUAAGCACGCGUGGAUGGGUGUCCAUUUCAAAGCGAUGGAGGAUGAUUCAACAAGAGUGCAAUAAGUUUUGUGCCACUCUUGAGAGCGUCAAGGCCGCCCCGUGA